AUGAAGACCCUCCUGCUAUUGGCAGUGAUCAUGGCCUUUGGCUGUCUGCAGGCUUAUGGGAAUUUGCUGAAUUUCCGGAAAAUGAUAAAGUUGACGACAAGAAAGGAAGCCACGACCGGUUAUGGCUUCUAUGGUUGCCACUGCGGAGUGGGUGGCAAAGGGUCCCCCAAGGAUGCCACGGAUCGGUGCUGUGCUGUCCACGACUGUUGCUACAGACGUCUGGAGAAACGUGGGUGUGGCACUAAACUUCUGGGCUACAAGUUUAGCAACAGGGGGAGCAAAAUCUUCUGUGCGAAGCAGGACUACUGUAGGAGUCAGCUGUGUGAAUGUGAUAGAAACGCUGCCAACUGUUUUGCUAGAAACCUGAGCACCUACAGUAGAAAGUACCAGUACUAUUCCAACAAACGGUGCAGCGGGAGCGCCCCCCGUUGCUGA